UCAAAUAAAAAUAAAAAAGGCGAGUUUUAUUGAUUAUUUCCACGGCGGAGAUUAAAAUCGUGAGAAGAGUGAGAGCCAAGAAUUACGCGAGUAGUGAGUCUUGGCUCGGUCCCCCAAGGAAUGCAAAAUGUCCAGUGUAAGUGAACGUGUAAGAAGCCAAAGCAAUCGUCUGGCAAAAACGCAGAAAUCAAGCACCGAUAUAAAAUGGUCGGUGUAGUGUCUAGCCAAAAGAGAGCAAAAAAAAAUUACAUGAGUGAAAUUCCAUCAAUGAAAGUGUGUCUUUUCGGUAUAGUGAAAUAAUCUGUGCUGGAUAUGAGUACAGACGUUAGCCAGCAAUGGAGAUCACUCGGAUUCACUGGCACGUCCGAGUCUCGUUCGAGAUCUCCUUCUGCCCAAACCCUCGCCCCGUUACCGAAGCUAGUUCCCAUUCCUCUGAAGAAGACUAAUCACAGCAAAUAUGUGUGUAAGCAAAACAACAACAAUAAUCUGAAGAAAAUCAACAGAAAUCUUAACAAAUCAAACGUUUCGCAAUCGGAAAUCAUUAUCAAUGGUAGCAAGUUUAAUUUGAAGCCGAUCAUCAAACUCAAAGCGGUUCCUUGGCCUCAAAACAAUUCCGAUAAGAAACAGCGCAAGCAGAACGGAGACAUCCGAAAAGACAAUAACAAGAAAAACACGAAAAACGACGACAGUUCAGUACCGAACGGUGAUAAAAAACGUCGCCUAGCUGGAAAGAGACGGCUGUACAAUAUUGUUGCAGGGGAAAAUAAUGACGUCGAUGCAACAAAGUUAAUACUUCGGCGGCGUGACACGUCCCCCGGUUCGGAGCAACGUAGUGCAACGAGUAGUGCCACAGCGAUUGCUGCUACCAACGACGACGACGAAACGUCAUCGGGCGGAGCAGCAGCUACCGUAGGGUCGAUGAAAACAGCGAUGUUGACAGCCGAUGGCAACGGGGAAAAGGAUGUUCCAAAGAUUCAAAAUGUCAAACUUGAACCACGCGAGAAUGCUAAAAUUCCGAAGCGGAUCAUCAAACAGGAACCACGCGACAUCCCGUCCGCCCCGCUCACCGCGCAGAUUAAGUGCGAGGAAACCCUCGAGACGCACCGUAAGUCCAAUCGGCGGAGACAAUUCACCGAUCGGAUUAUCGAUACGAUGUGCAUACCGGAGUUCUAUUUCAAAGCCAGGUGUCGAAGCAAAACCAAAGCAAAAAAUUCCAAGAAAAAGAACCCGGUGGCUGUAGCGGCUGCAGCUGCCACUAGGGCUGGCAGCAGAAAUGCUCAAAGCAAAAGCAAAACAAACCCCAGUGUCAGUGCUGCUAAUGGCGGCAGCGGUGGUGGUGGUGGUGGUGGUGGUGGUGGUUCUGGUAGUGGUGGCGGCGGCAGCAACAGCCGCAGCAGCAGCACUGGCUGCAGCAAAAAAGCGAAAGAAGCGAUUGCCUCCGAGGAGAGUACCGUUCCUCGGUUAAAUCCCAUUUUUCUCUUCGUAAAGCAGGAGGAUACUCGGAUCGUGGAAGUCCGCUGCGAAGACUACGACCGGCGAAAUCGUAUACGAAUUACCAAAACAUCCAACGGACUUUGGAGGUCAUUUCCCCGAACGGAUCCCAGUUCGUCGGUGGUAUUUUCUCUGCUGCCGAAGCCGGACAUCAGAGCAGACCCGUCGCAGGCGGACGAUGGCAUUCCAAAGGCAGAAUUACCAAAGUACAAAAGAUUACACAAGAAAAAGAAGAAACACAGGCAAGACGCAAAACGGCGGGCCCUGCUGAAAAGGAUACCGCAGCCGAAGGAUGAAGUGAGUUUGGAUGUGCAUAAUGUUAUUGAGAGUCAAUUGACGGAUGAAGAGGUGGACGAUGACGUUAUUGACAUAACGCUGUGUGAGGAUCAGGAUGAGAGUAGCGCUCGAGAGGACUCGAGCCGGCCAGAUGUUAAUGUUGAAGAUAGUAGUAAGCAAAAUAAUUUAACCGUUGAUAGCAACAAUAUCAGUAGUAAUAGUGAUUGUAAUACCAACAAUAGUAGCCUGAAUAUCGCUACUAGCCUAGAAGGAAACAGUACCAAUAGUAUUAAUGCCACAAUUAACACGGAUAGCAAUAAGGAUGACGGCAGCGACAACGACGUCGAAUUGAUUCCGCCAGAGGAGCCCCAGAAAAUCGUUCGCCGUGGAGGACCAAACGCUGGCAGUAGCAGUAGCUGGUCGGAGGAACUGGAUAACAUCGAGGCACAGAUACCAUCAACUAUCAUAUCAGUGCAGGAGCUCCAACGUGUUCGAGCCAGUGCGCAUGUCGGAGGCAGUAUCGAACAGCACACGACAACAGCGGCGCUCAAUAAUUUGAUUGCACUAAAUGAACUUGGGUUUAAUCAUCAGGAAAACCACGCGAACGAGUGCAUUGAGAAAACAAUCUCCUAUCACUUGGAAUCCCUGCAAGCGGUGGCGGCGGCAGCAGCUGCGGCCGCCGUUGCAGCUAGGAGCGCCGCUGGUACCGCAACCGAUGCCAGCAAACAUGGCACUAUCGGUGAAACUACUGAUGCUGCUGUCAGUGGAGUACCGCCCACCGCUGUCCCCAGUUCCACCAUCGUUGCCCGGGCUGGCACUAGUGUGAGUGCGAAAGAAGUUGGGGAACAAGGUGGCGAAUCGUUGCACACAUCAACAACUUCCGAUGCACCGACUGUGCAUGAGAUUGACGACGACGGAGACGAAGUGUGCGUUCUCGAGUCGGAACCAGCACAACAGCAGUCGCAGCAAACAAAAGGACGAAAUGAAAAUAUGUGCCUGGAUAGCGCAGUAUACGAAAAUUGUAAGACGGAAUCGGAUUGCAUCCAGAACGCGGAAGUGCAACCGCACAUCACAAUCAGUAGUGACAGUGAGCUGGAAGAUGAUGAUCCGAAGCAUCAUCAUUUGAGUGAAUUCAACGAUUGCAGUGACCUGAUCGAAGGGAUUCGCGAGAUACAGUCCGCCAAUCCGGAAGAUUUGCUACAUGCCAACUGCGGUGAAAAUACAAUGACUGGUGCCGAAUUGCUCGAUUCGCUGGUGGAGCAACGGUGUGAAGACAAUCAUAUUUCGGGAACUGAUGAUCUCAAGAAUACGGUAUACUCCAUAUCAGACGAUUACAAUGAUGACGAUGAUGUUCUGCUGGAAUCUGAACCAGUAGCGGACAUCAUCUCGCGUUUAGGUGAAUCGCUUAGCACGUCACCCAAGUGUUUAUCGUUUAACGAAGCAGGUGAAAUUGAAGGACUUACUGGUGAUCUGUUCGAUACCACUCAUCACUCACUGCAGAUGGAUGACAAUUUGCCAAAUCCAUUUUCCUCGCAAAAUCCAACACUGGACGAGUUGUCCAUCACCAUCAAGGAUCUAACCGACAGUAGUGAACAUGCCAACUCGUACUUCAACAGUGCGGAAAAGGCUAGUAAAGAAUCUGACACGCCGAUAGUGAUUUCGCCCGAUUCCUGUCAGGAAGAACUGCCCAAGGAUCUCAGCUGUCGGAAGCGCAGCGAAAAGAGUACCGAUUCUAUCGUGACUCUAUCUCCAUCCCCACGUCCCAUCUCACACAGCUCCGAUGCCAUUCAAUCGCCCCAGCCAAGCGGUCUGCCGGCGGUCCCACCAUCACCGGACAUCUUUCUGCAGCCAAAAUCAAUCUCGAAUGCCGUCAUGGAGACGCUCAUCUCACAAGCAUCAUCACAAGCUGGUGCAAAACCUCGUACCACAAUACAACAAAAAGAACCUCUGGAUCUCGGAAAGUGUCGAAAAUCGGCCAGUCCUACCGUCAGCUGUUCGGAAGAGGCUAAACGCCAAUCAAGCACCGAAGAAGAGCCCAAAUCCAAGCGGAUCAAAACCGAUCCGGAGAGUCAAAAAGCAGCUGACAACAGUGCUUCCACCGCGGGACCAGUCGCUAGCAACAGCACAACACCGAUCGGUGGUGGCAGCAACAGUAGUGCAAACAGUUCAGCUAGUCACACCAACCACGGUGACUCUUCACGUUUGGUGGAGAUGCUCACCUCUGGCAAUGAUCCUGACCCGCUAACCCAGUUACGCUUGCUGAUUGGAAAUCCUGCGUGGAAGGUACCUGAUCCAUUACUAGUGCCAAAGGAUCGUCUCAACGCAGUUCUGGCAUCACCCGCACGAGAGAUUCCUCUACUUCUAACCACCCGACCGGAACUGCGCCUACCGGAGGCUUUUGCCUUCCCGAACAUUCUACAGGAUCCGGACAUCCUAGUUAUAUCAUUAUCUCAGCUGGAGAAGAUUCUCGAAACGCAAGAUGAGCUGCUGAAGUUGAAAACAAAAACCGACACCAGCAAGAAGGCUGCACCGAGUCCAUUGGAAGUACUCAAGCAAACGCUCACGGCGCAGGCAGCGAAGCAAAAUCCCAUGAUGAGUUCGCUGCUAGCAUCCGGACUGGCCGGCGACAUCGAUGCGGCAACGGCAGCUGCAUUCAACCAAAUGCUUUGGUUGCCGUACCUCGGCCAAAUGGGACAGUUUGGACCGGAGCUGCUCAAAGCAAUGAUGAACAUUCCCAACUCCAAUCCGAAUCUGGCUGAUAUGUUACCCUUCAUGGGGCCCCGUUUCCAGGACUUUUGCGGUUUACCAACAAAUCCCAUGGAUUACAAACGCCAGCUGGAAUUCGCCAUGUGGCAGGAUGCGCUUAGCCAAGUCAAUAACGCCAGUUUGCAGCGAAAACAGGAGGCACAGAAAAAAGCGGCCAGCGCACCGGUUCACGUUGAUCGUAAGCCCAUCAUCCCGCCGAAAACUCUGGAACAGCAACGUUCCGUUGCGGCCGUUGCCGCCGCUGCCAGUCUAUUCCAGCAGCAAAGCCAGCAAAACAAAAAGUCCAACUCCGUUAUGAACCAGAUCAACUCGCUGUCGAUACCUCAGUUUAUGACCCCCUCAAUGCCAAAUAAUCGCUUCACUAGUAACGCUCGAACCUCAACCAUGCAAUCUCCAUCCUCUCUGCAGCAGCAGUUUAGUCCGAGUGGAUUUAAGAAUAUGCCAAACUUGAUGAACCAGGCGGCGGUCAGUGCGCAGAUGCGCCAGCAGACCCGACCGCAGUUGGCGGCCGCACAAAAGAACAGGCAGAGCACCAAUUCCAUGUUCUCCAACAAUCCUUUCCUGAGCCUUCCGACAAACUUCCAGGAAUUCAACGAGCAACAGCAGCAGAUUGCUCGCAAGUUACAGAAAGAGCAGCAUCACGCUCGCGAACAGAUGCAGCACCAUCAGGAAGAGCAGAAGCCACGCGUGACCUGCAAAUCUCUGAUGAACUUGUUGCAACCGGAGAAACAGCAGCAACUGCAAAAGCACAGCGCCAACAGCAAGCUCGCAAACCUGAUGGCUCUUCCAGGCAUGGAAUUGUACGCAACAGGACAGCACGACCAACUGCAGCAACAAAUGUUCCUACAACAACAGCAACAGCAACAACAGCAGCAGCAGCAACAACAACAGCAACAGUUGCUUCAGCAGCAGCAGCAAUUGCUGCACCAACAGCAACAGCAGCAGCAGCACCAGCAACAAUCUCAGCAACAGCCACAAGCUAAGCUGAAGGUAAAACCUGGACUGCAUCUGCUCGAUCCGGCCGCCAUUCAAAGGCGGCUACUGAACACCGACGAACUACCGGAGGUCGGCAGCACCACCAGCGGAAUGGACGACACGACGGAUCUGACUUCUCCGCUGUGGCAUCCACUGUUCGGAAGGUGAGUACCAAAGAGCAGAAAUUAUCAACUUACUCAAUUUGCCGUUUUUUGCAUCAAACUUUGUAGUUUGACGCGUCGAAA